AUGUCUCAAAAGGCUCUUUUACUACAUGAGAUAGGGAAGCCGUUGACCGCGGGAACACGCCCUAUCCCACAACCUGGCAUAAAUCAGUUACUGGUCAAGGUCCUUGUCGCUGGCUUAAAUCCUCAUGACCAGAGAAGUCGCGAUGCUGGCCUCUUUGUCACUAGCAUGCCAUAUGUUAUUGCUAGUGACUUGGUUGGAGAAGUCGUAACUGUCGGGCCUGGAGAGUAUUCUGGCAGUUUCACUCCUGGGGAACAUGUUUUUGGCCACACCUUUGCCGAGGGCGGAUCCAACAAUGACUUCAAUGGAGCGCAACAAUACGCUCUUGUCGAUGCGAGGUAUGUAGGCAAGGUGGCCAGCAGCGGGCUGAACGACGAUGAGGCAUCUACAAUCCCUGUCAUAGUGUUGGCUGGAUUUAUUGCACUUUUCUCAAGCUCCGGUCAUGGCUUGCCCGCACCUUUCUCGCCCGAAGCAAAGUCUUUCGACUUUGACAGCACGACCCUUCUUGUUAUUGGAGGGGGCUCAAACACCGGCCGAGCCGUAGUUGAGCUCGCCAAGUUGGCUGGCAUAGGUCGGAUUAUCGCAGUCGCCGGCCAUCGCAACAAAGGAACCCUUGAAUCUCUUGGGGCAACCAACGUUAUCGACCGAAAAGCCCCCGAUGUGUUACACCAGAUCCGUGCUAUCACGGGGGAUGAGUUGAUAUAUGCGAUCGACACAGUCAAUCCAGGCGUGGAACAAGAUCUUGGAAUCGCGGCCUUGUCAAACACAAAGAAGGGCACCUUGAUCACUCUUCGUCGACCCGAAGGAGAAUUCGACACUGCUCGGAUAGGUUCCAAGUCUGCGGGUUAUGAACGCCGCCUUGUACUUGGUGUAUCUCCAUUCCACCCAGAAGUGACGAUAGGAUUCUGGAAAGAAGUCCCUCGAUGGCUGAAGGAAAAGAAACUUCAUCCCAGUAGCUUUGAGGUUAUUGAGGGGUUGGAUGUGGAUGCUGUAAAUAAGGCGUUGGACGAGUAUCGAGAUGGCAGGGGGGUAAAGAUUAAUAUCCACCCUUGA